AUGGCUGCUUUCUCUGAGGCUCCAAAUACAUUGAAUGUCAUCUCCUACAACUGUUUGGGCCUCAAGUACAUCUCCCACUAUCGCAGGGAACGACUGGCCGAAAUUGGACGAAGGCUUGCUCUUGCCAGCCCAAUCCCCGAGAUUGUUGGUUUGCAAGAAUGCUGGACCCAAGAAGACUAUCAAAGUAUUCGAACGCAGACCAAGCAUAUUCUCCCGUAUGGCAAAUAUUAUUACAGUGGCAUAUUCGGUGGCGGCCUUGCCAUUCUGUCGAAAUGGCCAAUCGAGGAAUCGAGUAUGGUUCGAUAUCCUCUGAAUGGACGUCCUACCGCAUUUUUCCGCGGGGAUUGGUUCGUUGGCAAAGGAGUUGCGUGUGCCAGAAUCAGAUUAGGUCCUCGUCUGGAAGACGUAGCAGAAGUUUUUUGCACACAUCUGCAUGCACCUUACGAGAGUGAACCAAAUGAUUCUUAUCUAUGUCACCGCACAGCCCAGGCCUGGGAGGUCGCGAAGCUUAUGCGCGGUGCUGCGGAAAGAGGUCAUUUAGUAUUGGGACUAGGAGAUUUCAACAUGGUGCCUCUCUCGUUUGCCCAUCAGCUGAUCAGUGGUUAUGGUUCCGUUCGAGAUGCUUGGAGAGUAUUGCACCCAGAAUCUUCAAUCGGGUCCGCAAAUGACAAUCUCGAACGGAGGAGAGGACGCGGGAUUCCAACCGCCAAUUACAACCUGUCCGAGAAUGGGGCCACUUGCGAUAGUGUUCUCAAUACAUGGCGGUGGAGCAAAGAGCUGCAGAAAAGGCAAUACAGAGGUGAUAACAUUAUCGUCAAUGAUACUACUCAAGAUCCACGAGCGAAACGACUUGAUUAUAUAUUCAUUGGCGAUAGUGACUAUCUACGUUCGCCCAGUAAUAACAAAUGGCACGUUCAAGACAUCAAGGUUGGCAUGACCGACCGUCAUCCUCUGAUCGGCUGCUCACUGAGUGACCACUUCUCUGUUGAGGCUACUCUUUCACGACGGGAACAACCAGCAGACCUUUCUCUCAGUACUAGCCACGCGGGUUCUGGGUUUUAUACAUCUCAACAGAUAGACAUUGAUUCUCUGUCCAUUCCAACGUACGACAUAAUCCUUUCUAUGAUCGAAACUUACGCCCGCCGUGAGCGCCAUCAGCGCCACUUCCGCCUCUCGAAUUUCGGGGUCUCUAUCGUUGUUGCCGUUGGCUGCUUCACUGCCGUCUGGUGGUCGCCACGCCCUUUUGUAGCAUUUCUUCUGAUCCUCCUUAGCACCCUUGGCUUCGGAGCAGGUGUAUUAGACGGCCUGAUUGGAGGCCUGUUCAUCGGCUCUGAACUCAGAGCUCUGAAAGAGUUUGAGUGGGAGAUUCAGAAUGCGAAGGAAAUGGCUGAGGGGACAAGGGGAGGGGACCAAGAAAAUGUUAAGGAGACUUGA